AUGAAGUCUACUGGUGGUGUGGGCUGCGGAGAGUCACUCAGUGACCAGGAGAGGGCAUCUCAAGUCCUGAAACCAGCACCAAGGCAGAGAGAGGUUGGUGCACACCUUCUGGAGCUACUCAAAUCUCCGACAGGUGUGCGGCCGUGCGCAAAGCGGGUCUGGCUGCGGCGCAAAGUGCGUAUAUUCUCCGUGAAGACGGGCGUCCUGGGACUUCUCGUGCUUUUCAGAUGGCUUGUGUUCACAGUGGUGGUGCCCGUCUGGCUGCUUGCUGCUCCGAGCGGCAUCCGUGAGCGUCCCUGCCCCCAGAGCUGUAGAUGUGAUGGGAAAAUAAUAUACUGCGAAUCCAAUGCCUUCCGCGAUGUGCCAAGCAAUGUGUCUGUAGGCACGCAGGGCCUCUCCCUGCGUUACAACAGCCUGGCCAACCUCAGAGCCCACCAGUUCGCAGGACUGAGUCAACUCGUGUGGCUCUACCUCGACCACAAUUACAUCAACGCCGUGGACGGCCAGGCUUUCCACGGGAUACGGCGGCUCAAAGAACUGAUCCUCAGCUCCAAUAAGAUCACACAGCUGAAAAACAAUACUUUCCACGAUGUUCCCAAUCUGCGUAAUCUUGACCUUUCCUACAAUAAGCUGCAGUUUCUCCAGCCGAAUCAGUUCCUGGGUCUACGGAAACUCCUCAGUUUACACUUGAGGUCAAACUCCUUGAAAACAGUCCCAAUGCGAGUUUUCCUCGACUGUCGCAACCUGGAGUUUCUCGAUAUUGGCUACAACAGGCUACGGAGCCUCACACGUAACGCCUUUGCGGGACUCCUAAAGCUUAUCGAGCUUCACCUGGAGCACAACCAGUUCUCAAAGAUAAACUUUGCUCAUUUCCCCCGUCUGACCAACCUGAGGGCGCUCUAUCUGCAGUGGAACCGUAUCAAACUGCUGACCCAGGGCCUGCCGUGGAUGUGGACUUCCUUGCAAAAGCUGGACCUCUCGGGAAAUGAGCUCCAGGUGCUGGACCCGAGUACCUUUCAAUGCCUCCCCAACCUGCAGACUCUUAACCUGGACUCCAACAAGCUCAGCAAUGUGUCCCAGCAGACGGUGGAGGCUUGGAUCUCCCUCACCACCAUCAGUCUGGCAGGUAAUCUGUGGUUCUGUAACCCCAACAUAUGUCCCCUGGUGGCCUGGCUGCAGGCCUUUAAGGGCAACAAGGAGUCCACUAUGAUUUGUGCCGGCCCAAAGGAGGCACAAGGAGAGAAGGUGACUGAUGUGGUGGAGACUUAUAACAUCUGUAGAGCAACACCCACCCCCAUCCCCUCAACGACAUCGCCCCUCACUCCCGUGUUUCAUCCCGAGCUGCAGCCUCUUCCCACACAGCCCGUGGUGGAUAAGAAGCUAAUCUGGAACAGGACAGUCUCCCCUACUCCUUCCGAGGCCUCCCCCACCAUCCCCCUGCCCGACACUGAGUAUGUGUCCUUCCACAAGAUCAUAGCCGGUAGCGUGGCCCUCCUCUUAUCUGUGGCUAUAAUUCUACUGGUUAUCUACGUCUCAUGGAAGCGCUAUCCCAGCAGCAUCAAGCAGCUUCAGCAGCGCUCGGCGGUUAAAAAACGUCAGAAAAAGGCACGGGAGACUGAGCGCUCCCUUAAUUCACCACUGCAAGAGUACUAUGUGGACUACAAGCCUUCACACUCAGAGACUAUGGAUGUGCUGGUUAAUGGGACAGGACCUUACACAUACACCAUCUCAGGCUCCAGGGAAUGCGAGAUACCGCGGCAGCUGAGUGCUCUGACGUUGUACCGGUAUGAGCAGUCGGUUCUGGAUUACUGCCACGCCCACCUGUCACUGCACCUCAACAUGGGCAUGGAGCCCCCAACUCAGGCGCUGGGAGGUCCGAGGCCAGCCAAGUACCACCCGGGCCUGACGGCUGCCCUCCCCUCCGAGCCUGCGCUGCCUUGCCCCCAGACCCACUCCCUCCACCAGUGAGCCGGGGACACCGUGAGGCUCUGUGUCCAAAUUACUAAACGUGGACCACUCAGAUGAAAAGGAAGGCUUGUGUGUGUGUGGGAGGGGAACUGAGGACUGGUUAAGAAGCAAAAGGAGACAAUUAAUCUACUGCAGAGCAUCCCGGACCCGCGGUAAUGAAAAUGGAAAAUAUUUCUCAGUGGAAAUAGAGGGGUGCAGCGGUAUUGAUUAGUGAGCUUCUGACCUGCCUGACCCUCAGUGUCCUCAAUUAGCAAAGGAGGCUGAACAGCAGCAUGACUUUCCACGUUAUGCUCUGCCUCUCGUGGGGGUAUUAAGGCUAAUAAUUUAAUGAUUUGUUAAUCUUAUUAAAACAUAUUUCCUCGACUUCUCCUCAUCCGGGCACCUCUCUGCUGCGUCGGAUAAUCAGAGGCCGUAAACAGAGCGGAGGGAGGAAGCAGCACGAUAAGCAACUGAGUAGCAGAACAAAUGAAAGAUCAGCCAAGCUAAAAGGUUUUCUGCUGCUUUUUUUUUUGAUCACGCUGUCAGUCAGAGUUCAUCAGUCUAUGGAAGCUCGU